AUGGCACGCACUGAUGUGAACUCUGUGACAAACUGGAAUGCUCCUCUGGUUUGGGAGGGAACCUUUGAUCCAGUGGUGAUUGAUGACAUUUAUAGGAGGAUGAACCCAAGAGUUGCUGUGGUGGUUCUUGCUGUUGGCAAAUACACUCGUUUCCUGAAGGGUUUCCUUGAAUCGGGUGAAAAGUACUUUCUUGUUGGUUUAAGGGUCACGUACUAUAUCUUCACAGACAAUGAACAGGAUGUUCCCAACGUUACACUGAGUGAAGGCCGGAAGAUUACAAUUCUCCCCGUCCCUAGUGCCAAACGCUGGCAGGACGUAGUACUCAGCAAGAUGAAAUGGGCAACCGUCACGAUUGACAAACAAAUCCGUAAUGAGGCCGAUUAUCUUUUCAUGAUGGACGUCGACAGCGUCUUCCACAACCGUUUUGGAGCAGAGAGUCUCAGUCAGAUGUCUGCUGUCCUUCACCGUGCCUUCUACAAGACUCACCAGAGGGAUCAGUUUCCAUAUGAGCGUCGUCCUGAGUCCAAAGCCUAUAUUCCUGCUGGUGAAGGAGACUACUACUACACUGCAGCUGUGUGGGGUGGAUACCUGGAGGACAUGUACAGGCUCGUCAAAUACUGUUAUGAGCAGUCGGAGGAAGAUGCAAAGAACAACAUUGAAGCAGUGUGGCAGGAAGAGAGUCACCUGAACAAGUACUUUCUGUACAACUAACCAGCUAAGGUGCUGUCUCCAGAAUACCUGUGGUCAGACUAUGAUGCAUCUGCAGCCUGCACAGACAAUGCAACACAACCGAGUCGGUUUCAAAGCCAGUGAACCGAGGCCAUGAUGCUUAUCAACUAAAGUACAGGUCUUUAUCCUACCCAGGGUGCAUCAUAGGUCCACCACCGAAUAACCACUUGACCCUCUACCCAUGUUAGGAACUGCAAGACCACAUCAUGUGUUGUUUCUGCCGUCUCAUAGGAGAACAUUGGAUAUUUACAUAACAUAUAUAGACUGGGGCUGCACAGUGGCGUAGUGGUUAGCACUUUCGCCUUGCAGCAAGAAGAUCCCUGGUUUGCGUUCCGGCUUUCCCAGGAUCUUUCUGCAUGGAGUUUGCAUGUUCUCCCUGUGCAUGCGUGGGUUUUCUCCGGGUACUCCGGCUUCCUCCCACAGUCCAAAAAUAUGCUGAGGUUAAUUGAUUAUUCUAAAUUGCCCGUAGGUGUGAAUGUGAGAGUGCUUGUUUGUCUUUGUAUGUGGCCCUGCGACAGACUGGUGACCUGUCUAGGGUGUCCCCUGCCUUCACCCGAGUCAGCUGGGAUAGGCUCCAGCCCCCCCCACGACCCUAGUGAGGAUUAAGCGGUGUAUAGAUAAUGGAUGGAUGGAUAUAUAGACUGUAGUAAAAAAACAAAAAAGGGAUCAUCCUCCUUUUGUUUUUUUACUACAGUCUACAAGUUCUCUCAUCAUAUUCACUCUAUUUGAAGGGAAAAUUCCCCUGCUGGUGAAUGUCAUCAUGUCAUGACUGCUGCCUUGUGAUGUGAACUGUAAUGUCUUAAUAAAAACUAUAACUUAGA